AUGGAGCCGCAGGGUGAUCUGCAGGCUGCUUCCACUUACAUUAAUAAUGUCUUACUUGCCCGGGGUCUGGUCAAAAGCGGCCGGCCGAUUGAUUUCGCAAACCCGGAGGAUGAAGAUGGCGGCGUGGCGACGACCAUGGCGCGGAUUAUCAACCUUGUGAACGACUUGGUUUUACGGCGAGACCGCGAAGCAGAACAUCGGGAGAACCUUGCCACGACGAUCCAAACCCUACGAGCGGAGGAGUCUCACAAGACGGUCGAAAUUGAAAAACUCCAAACGAAGACGUCGGAACUAGCACGAUCACUGGCACUGGCCGAGGCGCAAGAGCGGGCCCUGAAAACCAACAUGUCGAGCGCCGAGGCGACGGUCCGGGGCCUGAAAGAACAAGUCCAGCGCAUGAAGACGACCGUUCAGCAAGUCCGAUCUCAAUGCGCCAACGAUAUCCGGAAACGCGACCUCGAAUUACAGAAGCUGAAGGCCCAUUUGGCCGACCGGCAACGAGGAAAGCGGGAGGGCUUGGGCGUGACAACGAUCAAUAUAAACCCAGCUGCGAGUCAAUUGUCCCGAACGCGGUAUCUCUCAGGCGGCGAGGGUGUCCACGAUCCAGGAUACAGCUUGAAGCAGGAAACAAACGAAUUCCUUACGCAACUUUGCCAGACCCUGAGCGACGAAAACGACUCCCUGAUCCUCCUAGCACGAAACACUGUCAACACAUUGAAAGAACUACAAGGACUGUCAUCGGAAGAUUCUGGCGCUGAAAAUGGAUAUUCUCAUGGAGCGACCAGCACGGGCGCUCAAAGAUCGACACAUGGUGGCCCUGCCGUCGCAAGCCUACCUGCAUCAUACGAAGAACUAUCCGGCGAGAUGGACCAAGUGCUGGAGCAUCUACGAACCCUGCUUACAAACCCUUCGUUUGUACCUCUAGAGGAGGUCGAAGUGCGAGAUGAGGAAAUCAAGCGACUUCGUGAGGGUUGGGAGAAGAUGGAAAGCCGGUGGAGACAGGCCGUCUCUAUGAUGGAUGGCUGGCACAAGCGAAUUGCGUACGGUGGAGGUUCUAUCCGGGCAGAAGAGCUUCGUAUGGGAUUAAAGCUGGAUGUUCAGGUGGACACGAGGCACUCUCGAGUACGGGAUGGGGAUGUGGCAAUGCAUUCACCAAUCUUUGAAGAUCAAGAGGAAGAGGAGAACGAGUUCGAUGACGGGGAAGACAUGGACGAGUCAACAUCAGCCCAAGAGGCCAUCGAAUCACCUCCAGAGCCACAACCUCAGCCCAGCCCGAGUCGAGCUCUGAAAGAACGAAGCGAUAAUAUCGUAUCAGCGGCACAACCGCCACGGAAAGAAGUCGCCUUCUCCGAGGGGUCACGUAAAGUCGCAACAAAAGCACAACCAGAGGAGGACGAUACGAUGCCAGUCAAAGCUCAUCAGUCUGAUGCUGUAACGCGAAGACCGUCACGGAAACGGGGUGAAUCUACUAGUAAACCGCAAGGGCCACGGCCGGCUCCCACCCGAAUGAGCGUACAUCAAAAACUAGCAGCUGCUGAGAGUGAAGCUCGAGCAGCCGAGCAAGCGCGCCGAGAGCAAGAGAGUAGAAAGAGGAGUCGCGGAGGCAAAGUGGCGCGAAAGAGGACAGGCGAUCGUCGACGAAGCACACUAACGAGCGACGAGCUGGGCGAGUUGAUGGGGAUGAAAUAG